GCAUGCAAUGAAAGCAUCUCACUUAUUAGAGUCCCAGACAAUGGACUUCACGUUGAGAUCUCCAGUGUGAGAAAGUGAAGCGCUCGAAGGAUUUCCAUUCUCCUCCAUAUAACGAUAAAGUCAGGAUCUGAGAGCAUGGGUUGGCAAGGGAUCCUAUGGCUUUUGACAUCAUUUAUUUUGAGUGUAACGAUGGCUGGAACAACGGAGACGAAAGCGGAUCCCUCCGCAGAUUUAUCCCUUACGCCUGCCAUGAUGGCAUUGGAGGGAGAGAGGCAGAUCAUGACUCAGUCUCAGUAUAAAUGUCUGGAGCUUCUGAGCCGAGAUGGACCCUAUAAUAAAACAGGUUCAUUCUGCAGCAGAUUCUGGGACGGCUUGCUCUGUUGGGAUGAAACCCCAGCUGGAACGUAUGCCUCUCAGAACUGCCCAGACUACCCCAGCUUUGACCCCUUGGAAAAAGUAACCAAAUACUGUGAUGAAUCUAGUAACUGGGUACACAGUUCAUCCAUCAAUAAGACCUGGUCCCACUGUCUCACAUUCUCAAAGGAAAAAGUAAAGACGUUACCAGUUCAUGGCUUUUUGGAGACGGAGAUGGAUCCCACAGCUGAGAGUCAGGUCAGCCCUAUAGUGACUCAGAAAGCAGAGGAGAGAAAGAAGAUCAUCAAUGGACAAUAUAAAUGCUUUGAGAAAAUGAACAGAGACCUGCCAUAUAACAAAUCAGGACCAUAUUGUAACCGGACUUGGGAUGGCUGGCUUUGCUGGGAUGACACUCCAGCAGGAACAUACACAUCUCAAAACUGUCCCAACUACUUCCCUGACUUUGACUCUACUGAAAGGGUCACGAAGUAUUGCGAUGAGACAGGAAACUGGUUCAGGCACCCAGAGACUAACAGGACAUGGUCCAACUACACCCUGUGCAUUGCUCACACCAAGGACAAGCUCAAGAUGGCGUAUAUUUUGUAUUACAUGGCGAUUGUGGGUCAUGCUCUGUCUAUAGUAUCUCUUCUCAUCUCCCUGGCCAUAUUCUUUUACUUCAGGAGUCUGAGCUGUCAGAGAAUCACACUGCACAAGAACUUAUUCUUCUCCUAUGUGCUCAAUUCAGCCUUCACCAUCGUCAACCUCAUAACUGUGGUCAACAACCCCAAAGUGGUGCAGAGGAAUCCGAUUGGUUGCAAGGUGCUGCACUUCUUCCACAUGUAUAUGCUGGGCUGUAACUAUUUCUGGAUGCUUUGUGAGGGGAUUUACCUGCACACUCUCAUCGUGGUGGCUGUUUUUGCAGAGGAGCAGCAUUUGCACUGGUAUUAUCUUCUAGGCUGGGGCUUCCCCUUGGUGCCUGCAUCAAUCCAUGCUGUGGCGAGGAAAAAAUACUUUGAUGACAACUGCUGGAUGAGUGUGGAGACCCACCUGCUCUAUGUGGUUCAUGGCCCCAUUAUGGCAGCUUUAUUAGUCAAUCUGUUCUUUCUGUUGAACAUUGUGCGGGUUUUGGUAACAAAGCUGAGAGAUACGCACCGAGCUGAGUCUAACAUGUAUAUGAAGGCUGUGAGGGCCACCCUCAUUCUUGUGCCCUUAUUGGGCAUUCAGUUUGUUAUCUUCCCAUGGCGGCCGGAGAACCGGCUGGCAGGAGAGAUAUACGACUACAUCAUGCACAUAUUAAUGCAUUACCAGGGAUUGCUGGUGGCAACAAUAUUCUGCUUUUUCAAUGGAGAGGUCCAGGCAGCUUUGAAAAGGCAGUGGAUGCAAUACAAAGCCCAGUGGGGCCAGCGGAGACGCGAGCACUGCUCCAUGCGUUCCACCUCAUACACCGCCACCUCCAUCACUGAGGUGCCUGCUUUCAUGUACCACCAUGACUGCAACAGCGAACACUUAAAUGGUAAACAAACCGAAGACUCAGAGCUAGUGGCCCUCAAGACUAGUGAGACAUAUGCCUGAAAGGCUUGAACAUUAGAAAGACAGUUCCUAGAAAGAAGAGAUUAAAUAAAACUGGAGAAUGGAGACUCUGUUACGAUGAAGCAACUUUGACUGAGCAUUCACAAACUCCUACACCUCAGACAGCACUUAAUAAACAACAGAACAUAAAAGCCUGUGUCUUGGAACCACCAAUCCUGUUGAGGGAUUACUCAGUGCUUUGUUUAUCUUUGCUACAAUUCUGCUUCUGCGAGUUGAGACUAAAAGAAAAAAAACUAUAGACAGGGCGCUUUAAAAAAAAGAAAGAAAAAAAAAAAAGAAAGUCAUAUAAAGCUGCUAGUUUCAGGCCCUACUCACGUCCUUUUUGGCGUAGUGGCCGCAAAUAAUGAACGUUUCUUUGCAGAAACCAAAGGGUUGGAUUGUGGGAUUGUGAGUGUUUUCUAAAGCUCCUGGGAGAUGAUUCUCAUGAGGACAGACAACACAAUCUGUUGCUGAACAAAGGAAAGAUCUUCUGUGCCUGAAUCCUGUUCAUUCUCUGGUUGGUUAAACGUCAAAAUGUCAAAGGAGGUUACAGAGAUCUGUCUGAUGGCCACUUUGCAAUUGAAAAUAGCUUUUAAUCUGUCUUGCGAGAUUCCUGACUGUGUUAUUGUUUUUGCAGCUGUACUUUUUUUUGCCUUGUCUUUGUUGCAAAAGGGGGUGUGGAGAAAAAAGAUGAACAAAAUGGACAA